AUGCAUCUUAGUCGACGGUUGGCAGUGUGUGGGGUAAGUUAUUGUCCUCCAGCGAGCUAUUUCCCUUUAACACCAGAGCAGGUGAUGAAGGAGGCAUCUAAAGAAUGUAUUGAGGUGAGACGUUUUUGUGGUGGGUUCGCAGUUUCCGUGGAAACCAAUAGAUGGGGCUGCAAGUUCUCGCUGGCACCAAGGGGCAGCGUCAAUGUCUUACUACCGCCAAUAGAUGACUCUCACCGUGUAUACAAGAAGGACGUAGGGGGGGGGGAACAAUAUAUUGCCCAUCAUACCUUUCCUUUGCCAUCGGAAAGAAAUAUACAUGAUGUCCUACGUGGUAUCCCCGCGUCAUUCAACGAGGAAGAGAUAAAGCAGCAACUGGACCACAAAGAAUACACCCUUCUCCAUCUGAUCAGAUUAAAGCACGGUGGAGGCGCACUCAUACAAUGCAUUUCGGGCAAGAGGAAUCAGGCAAAAGGGAUCAUGAUUCCUUUUGCCCGUAUAUCAAUUUUCGAUUUUCAUGUAGAUCCUGAGUUAAGCUUACGGACACCUGAGCCGACCAGUGUUGCACGAGCCAGUGGCUUUAAUCGCUCACAAGUGGAGAGGUUUUUCGAAAAUUUGAGGGACGUCAUCGAGAAAAACAAUAUUUUGCCUGAAAAUAUGUACAAUGUAGAUGAGACAGGGAUCCAAACCUCUACAAAUAGGCCUCCUAAGGUUAUUUUCCUGAAAGGCAAAAAGGGAGUUGGAGCUAUAUCUUCCUCCGAGCGAGGCACACUAGUAACGGCACUGUUUUGUUGUUCCGCUGCUGGGGCAUAUAUUCCUCCUACACUAGUUUUCCCAAGGAAAAAGAAAAAUCCAAGGUACAUGGAAGGAACUCCACCAGGCUCUUCUCAGUUAGUAACUGAUUCUGGAUGGAUAAGUUCCGAAGCUUUCCUGGAGUGGAUGAAGUUUUUUGUAAGCAACGUUAGACCAAAUGAAGACCAUAAAUGUCUAUUAAUCUUAGACAAUCAUGCUUCUCAUAGGUCUAUUGAUGUACUUGAUUAUGCCUCUCAGAAUAAUGUCAUCAUUUUGUCGGUUCCACCCCACACGACACACAAGCUCCAGCCGCUAGAUGUGUCCGUUUAUGGCCCUUUCGGAACUUAUUUCCAAAAUGAAAUUGACAAGUGGCAAAAAGCGCAUCCUGCACAACGCGUUACGUUGUUUGAUGUAGGCAAAAUUUUUAAUAAUGCCUACCUUAAAGCUGCAACGCCAACAAACGCUAUAAAAGAACCAGAGAUCCGUAUUAACCAUAAUCCUCAAGAUAUGGAUGUUAUUGAAAUUGGACCGCCCAAUACAUCUGCUCAUAAUGAUAUCGCAAAACCUGAACCUUCUGGUCUCAAUAAUAGUACGACCUUAAGACAAGCUAGUGACGCUCCAAAAGGAAAUAAUCGCAUUAAAAUUAUUGAUAUUCAUAUUAUACCUAAAUGUGAUAAACGAAAAGAACCCAAAACAAAAAGGAAUCAACAGAAAUCAGAGAUUUUGACUUCUACGCCAAUUAAAGAAGAAAUUAGAGAAAAAAGUAAGAGCAAAGAAUGUGUCAAAAGCGUUAGAAGGAAGAUCCAGCAAGAGACAGAUUCCAGCAAACUGAAAAUACCUCGUCCACCUUCACCACAGAAAACCGCUCCAGAUGAAGAAGAAACUCCAUGUUUGAUAUGUGACGAUUCCUUUGAAAACUCCAUUCCAGGCGAACACUGGAUACAGUGCAAUUUCUGUGAGAAGUGGGCACAUCAGACAUGCACAAGCUACAAGACUGGAAUUUAUAUUUGUCAAGAUUGUCAAAAUCAGGUCAAAGAUCAGAGAACAUAA